UAUUUUUAAAGCAGUCAUCACCAUGAACAUUUCUAGGCCUGGCCGGAUUAACCGGAAACGAAACCACUUUCUACGCAUCGCAUACUCUGCACAACUGCAUCAUAUACCAUUUCGAAGCAUCCUUUCAGCAUUCCUGUUGGAGUAGUAUUGCAUCAAGCCAGAACCCAGAUGGCAGACACCGAUACAACAGACGUGGAGCAGACACUGCACAUCGCGAGGUCCGUCAGCGUCUACCGCAUUCCACCACGGCCGGGUACCACUGGCUGGCGCUCAGGAGAAUGGCUUGUCAGCGAUAAGCUAUUUUCUGGGCGGAUGCGAAUUGUCGCCAAGGGCGAACUGUGCGAAAUUAGGCUUGAGGAUCCGCACAGCGGCGAGCUCUUCGCCAUUUGUCCCGUCCAGUACGGGCAACGGAGUGUCUGCGUGGAGCCGGUCACUGAUUCAUCGCGCUAUUACGUUCUACGUGUGGAGGACUCCGCUACCCGCCGGCAUGCCUUCCUCGGCAUGGGCUUCGACAACCGCAACGACGCCUUUGACUUUAAUGAAGCUCUGGCAAGUGGCACCCCCCUGAGGCAUAAGCCAGCACGUUAUGCGGAAAUCCAAGCACGUCGUUCGUAUUGUGUCAGAUGCCGCGGUGCGGUCCUCUUUGUUCCUGUGGCUGUGCGAAGCACUCAGCCACGAGUGUCUCCGAAUGAUUCACACGGGACGGGUUUCCCCGGUUUCGUAAAACCCACGCCCAAGCCUUCACAUGUAUCCCGCGGAUGGGUGUGGUCUGACCUCGUCGCCAAUGAACAAACGAAGCCUCCUGAUACCAGGGGCGUGGGCAACGCUUUGUACAGUCACUGCUACAUGAUCACCGUGCACCUUUCCGCAGCCUCUCAACCACCGUCGCCGUCUCUGUUUUCUUCCCGGGGCCUACGCCGUGUACAGGUACGGCACGAGCAGCAUGUGGCUCGCGAGCGUGCAGCACAGGCCAAAGUACUGGCGGCGGCGGCGGCAGCGAUGGCGGGGUCGGCGCCCUGUGAUGGAAUCGUGGGGGUUGCCGCCGGCGCCGCUACAACCUCGAGCUCCAGGUCAGGGCCCGCGGCGCAGUACUGGGCGCCCGGCGCCGCCGCCGCCAACAGCAGCGCCGCAGCGGAGGUGGAGGGAUUGUACCGGCAAACCUCUGGGCUGCGUCUCCAGGAGGGUCAAACAAUACGGGUUAAUGUCAGCGGUUUGAAAAAGCCAGGGACGUCUGCUGGAGCAGCUGCUGGCGGCUUUCUCGUGGCGCAUGGGCCUGUGGUGCCAUCGUGCGGACCUUCAGCCAUUGUUCCUGGGGCAAUACCCCCGCCGCCGCUGCUGCCGCCGCCGGCAUCUGGACUGGCCUCGGUGUCUGGAUCUGGGUCAACGGUGUCCUGGGCAACGUCACAUCCUGGACAGAUUGCCAACCCACCGCCGCAACUGCCGGUUCUCUCGCCUCACCCGGGGCCCCACCUACCCUGGAACGAUGGUUUGGGAGGAGUAUUACCACAGCAUGGCGACGCUCCACUGCGAAUGGAUGGCAGAACCGACAGCACCGAAAAGGUGCCUGUUCUUUGCGCCAGUGUGAUUACAUCUGGUGUUACAAAUGCAGCAGGGAGUACAGAAACGACAAAGGGACAGGAUAGCUGGGCAACUUUUGACUGA